AUGGCGGGCAGAGGCAGAGUGUGCUCGGCGGGGGGACAGGCCCCGGUCCCGGACUCGUCGGACUCGGACUCGGACCCGGACCCGGGGGUGGAACCGGCGCUGGUGGCCGGCACCGGGCCGUAUGCCGGCUCCUUCCCGCGGAACCAGGUGAUCCACAGCGGGCACUUCAUGGUGUCGUCGCCCCACAGCGACUCUGUGCCGCGCAGGAGGAGGAGCGGGGCGGCUUCGGCGUAUGACUUCGACACGGUGAACAGGACGUGGUGCCAGACGUACAGAUACGGCCCGCUGAGCUCCGGCAGCCUGAGCAUCGACCCCACUCUCACCCGGCUGUUUGAGUGCAUGUCGCUGGCCUACAGUGGCAAGAUAGUCUCCCCCAAGUGGAAGUCUUUCAAAGGUCUGCGGUUGCUAUGGAGGGACAAGAUCCGCCUGAACAACGCGAUCUGGAGGGCUUGGUUCAUCCAGUAUGUGGAGAGGAGGAAGAACCCGAUGUGUGGAUUUGUCAGUCCACUGGAGGGCUCUGAGGCUGAUGCACAUCGCAAGCCUGAAGCCAUAAUAUUAGAGGGCAGCUACUGGAAGCGCAGGAUCGAGGUGGUGAUCAAAGAAUACCACAAGUGGAGGAUUUACUACAAGAAGAGGCUUCAGAAAAAUAAGGAUGACCUCUUAUCAAUGCUGCAGCAGGGUCAGAUCUGCCGGGCCGAGUUGCAGAAAUGGUCCAAUCAGAUGUACCAGGAGCCUGAGGCUGCGCCAGAGGAGGCCCACAUGUUUGACUUGGACUACUUUCUGUCCGACAUUUCCGACACCCUGUUCACCAUGACCCAAAAGCCAUGUCCCUGGGCCAGUGACCGCCACAACACGUACACCAGCAAUGCUGACAUGAUCCAGCCGGGCCUGACCCCACUGCAGCCCAACCUGGAUGACUUUAUGGAUAUACCAGAUAUCUUCAUGAACUACCGGGGCCAGCCCUCUGAGCAGGCUGGUUUUGCUGACUGUGGCUAUUUUGAGAGCUCGUCUAGUGGAACAUUUGCCCCCGUUCCCUCCCCGGUGGUAACAACUCCACAGCUAGUUAUCGACACCCAGCUGGCUCAGCCCAGUCUUUCAUCUGACAGUCUGUCUCAGCCCUCUUCAUCCAGCACCCGGGCAGCCCAAGCCAGGCCAAGCCAGGACUGCACUGAAUAUCACUCACCCAGCAUCAUAUCUGGGGCCAUGACCUAUGGACAUCAGUCAUUCCCUGAACCACCUGUGUCUAUAGCAAUUACCAACAUACAGCAGCCCAUUUCAGCAAGUAGUCCUUUUUUAUAUCCACCGCCGUGCCACAAGUAUGGUUAUUACACAACAACAGCCAGCGCUGUGACCUCUACUGUCAUCACCCACACAGCCUCCACAGCAGGUCUCCUGGGGUCUGAGCACCACCAGGCUCACAGCUACCCUCACACAGGGGACAUGUACCCCCAGACUCCCUGCCAUUCUCUGUCUUACCUGCCUGCCGCGUCUGACCCAACACACGCAGCCCUGCCCCCUGUCAGUGUGGCCCACUGCUUCUCAGUCCCAGAGCAGGUGGGUGUCACAGGGGUCAGAGGAAAACACAAGCAGAAGACAGGAGGAAUGAGGAUGGUCGGUUCCACUGUGGCUCCGUCUGGCCCCCAGCCUGCUGCUCCUCCGCCCACUAGCUGUCUGGCUAAACUUCUCUCCUGCAGCACCCAAGAACGAAAGCCGUCACUGGGAUUUGACACUACUUUAAUGGCGGUCAAAGGUCAAAAAUCAUCGUCUCCUGGUUUCUCACAGUCAAGCAGCAGCAUGCAUGUUGGAGCGGCUUCACCGCAGCUGCAGCAUGGAGCCAGCUGGCCUGCAGGGAUCCCACUGCUGACACCUCUGCACAGCCACAGCCCCACCCUGGGUCACAGCGGCUCCCAUGCCAGCACCUCCAGAGGCUCGGCGGUGUCUGCCCUCCUCACCCACGGCUCCACACACACCAGCACAACCCUCCUCAUUCCCAAGACUGAAAAACUAUCUCCUGUACAGAUCUAUGGCACUGAGAGGACCAACUUAACAGUUAAUUUUUCUGGACAUCCAGGGCAAUCACCACCAACAAACCCUCUAGAGAAUGCAUCCAAUCCCAAGUCUCCACACUCCCUCUCUGGGCAUGGAAAGAUGGAAUCAAAUAAGCAGACGGAGACCAGGAGGAUAACUCACAUCUCAGCUGAACAGAAGAGGCGUUUCAACAUCAAACUGGGAUUUGACACUUUACACAACCUUGUGACAACACUCAGCUCGCAGCCAAGCAUAAAGAUCAGCAAGGCCACCACUUUGCACAAGACUGCUGAGUACAUCAGUAAAAUGCAGCAGGAGAGAGCCCAGCUGCACGACGAGGCUCAGAGACUCAGAGAGGAGAUCCAGCUCCUCAACUCUGCCAUCAACCUCUGUCAGCAGCAGCUACCAGCCACUGGCGUGCCCAUCACUCGUCAGCGCUUUGACCACAUGAGGGAGAAGUUCAGAGAGUACGUACGAGCUCAGACGCUGCAGAACUGGAAGUUCUGGAUUUUCAGUAUCAUCAUUGAGCCCCUGUUUGAGUCCUAUAACGGCAUGGUGUCCACUGCCAGUGUGGAGGACCUGUGUCGGUCCACCCUGUCCUGGCUGGACCAGCACUGCUCCCUGCCUUCCCUACGACCCAUGGUUCUGAGGUCACUCCGGCUCCUGAGUACGUCCACGUCCAUCCUGUCAGACCCCAGCCUGUUGCCAGAGCAGGCCACCCUCGCUGUCACCCAGGAUGACCCUGCCGCCGCCGCUCUGGAUCACUCCUUACAGCCUGCCACUCAGGACAAUAAACACCCCAUGUGACUGUGAACCACUGACUAUGGAAACUUUACUGAAACCCACUCUGAGGCAGAUGAGCCCCUGUGGGGGGAAAAAAAGACUCAGAAGAAAAGAGGGGGGAAAAAAGACUAACUGCUCAGCUGUAAGACAUUUUAAUAGUGGAUAAUCCCAUUCCAAUAAAACUCACCAGCUGCUAAAUGAAUGUA